AUGGCAAAUGAAGAUGAGGAAUUAUCGGAUUUGGAAUAUGCAAGAGUGGUCAAAUGGUCAAAUGCGUUCGCAGAAUUCAAGAAAACAGUGACCGAGGACAGAUUGAGGUGAGUGUUUUCGAAACAAAACCCUUUUUAGGUUUACUAGUUUUUUUCAUUAAUUAAUUUUGCAGACUUAAUGCUGAAUUAUCUCAUUUAGAUCCAGAGGAUUUACGAAAAGUGUUUCUACGAAAAAAUGGAACUAUAAGAUACAAUUACACUCUUCCUGAAUAUUAUAAAAAGCUUUGGUGUUCGAUUGAUUUGGAUGUGAUGUAUCAACAAUUUUCAGAGUUUAUUGAGAAUGUAAUGGAGACAUCAAACAGAGAUCUGUUUGUAUCUGAUGAUCAUCUGGAACAACCAGAAAAUGGUUCGAAUUGUCGAGGAAUUGAUAAAUCACAACAAACUGGUGACAGUUUUAUUAAAGUAAGAGAUGUUAGUUUUUGGGAUCAUCUAUCUUUUUUAUUUAUGAUUUCAAAUCAACAAAAUUAAUUCUGGUUUUAUCUUCUCCGUUUUUAAACCAACAUCUAAUAUGAGCAAUUCUUUUAUAAAUUGCUACCAUUUUUUCAAAUGAAAAUCAUUUGCAUUGCUCAUAUUAGCUUUUUGCCCCGCAUACUUUUUGGUCUCCUAAAAUGAAUAAAAAAUUCAAAUUUUUCAGGACGUUAUCAUUUCUGAUGCUGAUGAAACAAUCAGAAAUGUAUCUGAAGAAUCAUCUUCAACAAUUCCACAAUCUCGUUUCGGAAUCGAUUGGUCGAAAUGGUUUCCACCUCUAACAUUCCACACAUUUUUAUCGCAUUAUUUGCCAAUUUCUGGUGCUGUAUCACAUACACUUUAUACAAUUCAUCUUUUUUAGUCCAAAUAUUAUCUCUCGGUUAGUUUUUGAAGGGGAGUGCUUUUUUUCAUUAUUUCAUUACAGUUUGUUUCCAACCGGUAAUCUUGCUGUCAGUAAUACGAUUCUGUUCAAUGCAAAUGUGGGACUCGGUUUCUACGUGUAUUUCAGGAGAAAUUUGAAUCGUGUUAAUCCAUGGGAAAGAAUAGAAUUCAGUGUUUUAACAUCGACUCUUUUCAAUUUCAUAAGUUUACCAGCCGCCGUAUUCAUCAAAUCCAUCUUACCAGCAAAGUGAGUUUUAUCUUUUGUUUUUUGAAAAUGAAAAUUGAUUUUAGAUCACAAACAUGGCUCAAAACAUUGUUUGCAACAUCUUUCAGUGUCUACCUUUUGUCGGGAGCAUAUCGUUAUAUGGGGCUUUUCGAUUCAAAAAACUCAAGAUCUUUUAUCUCGACAGAGGCAAUGUAUUCUGACACCGGUAAAUUUGAUUCUCUCGAAGUCUCGCAUCUUCAGCUCACAGAUAUCUCAGAUCAAGCAGUUUGUUGA